AUGGAGUCACAUGUAUCUGAAGGACCCAUCAUGAGCAUCCGUCGUGACACAGGUCGUCCGGCUUGUUUCCGCCUUGUUGUUGGUGGCCCCAAGGAGUCCUGGCUGAAGUUUGACUGCUUCGAUUCUUCGGAAUGGGAGCUCACCUGUCCCGGCGUCAAGGCCUGGAUCAGCACCCUUCAGGCCAAGCGUGACGUGCCGUUCCUCCCUUUCGACCUCCCGGAGUUCCCUUUCUUCGUCUUCGGCCCGACCAAGACCAUCCAGCAAAUCAGCAACAUCGGCCCUGGUGCCAUUGAACAUGAAUACAAGGCCCUCGCCCAGCAAUGCAGAUCCUCGGACCCUAUCGAGAAACUCGCUGCCUCCAACCGCCUCCAGGACCUGGGAACUAUCAUCAACUGGUUACUUGUCUUCUUGGUCCGCCCUUGCGCUUCCCCGCCCCCUGAUAUCAGGUCGUUCUUUGACCACAAGCUUGAAACCGGCGACCCAGUCGCGGACAGCGAAGCCAGCAAAGUCAUCCAGGCGAUGGAGCGCAGUCCGCAAAUGAACAUCCAGUCAUUGGAAAGGUUCAUCUGCUCGGCUCACCCCUUGCACGUCGCCUUCAAGGUCCUUGCCGCGGUCAUUAUCAGGUGUCAUCAAGUUCGGCCCCUGCCUCGUCGGGUUCAGCCUGGCACGACGCAGUUCCUCGAGCAUCUCGCUGAGAUUGCGACCUCGCCAUCUCCAACAAUCAUGGAGGAGUCGCUCCCUAUGGGCAGGCAUCCAUACACCCAGGUGUUCAUCCCCCAUGCGGCGGGUGUGAGGAGUAAUCACCCUGGUCUACACCCAGCCGGCAUCAUGAUUGCACUCAACCUCUAUCAAUUCAGCAGGCUCAAGGAGUUGGGCACAACAAACGAUGUGCGGGGGUGGAGGCACCCUGUGUAUGAGCCUCGACUCACCAAGCUUCGGAAUGAUCUUAUCCGGUACUUUUUGACCUCGGGGAGAAAGGUGCUGUUUGACGAGCUAGUGAGGGUUCAGUGGAGGGUUGACAAGUGGUUUGACCACAUCGACAGUCCGAAGCGUCCUAUGCCGGGCAGUGACGCCAGGACGAUGGACACCUAUCGGCUUCUGCGUUCGGGGAAGAGUCACCAGGACCCAGCUAAACGGUUGGAGUUGCUGUUAACGAAUGUCCCUGCUGAACCAUCGCCGGUGCCAGCUGAGGUUGAAGAGGAGGAGUCAAGCCCCAGCAGGACUGAAGAUGAAGCCUCGUCCUCUGAUGAGAUGCCAGACCUUAACGAGACCCAGCGGACAGCCCCUUCCUCCCAAAAAGAGCCACGCCCCACCACCGUUGAAGACGAGCCAUCCUGCUCCCAUGAAGAUUAUGGCGAGGACGAAGAGGACGCCUACGAGGACGCCUACGAGGACGACGAGGACGCCUACGAGGACGAGCUGGUCCUUGAUAUAACAUUCGGCAUGCCAAUCUCAGACGCCCACCAGGACUUCCUCCCCCCUCGGGUGUCAAACAUGAUCACAUGCAUGAAGGCGGCAAAGAGCCUGCUCCAGGGCAAAGCAGUCAUGAAAAGCAUGAAACGGGAGACUCUCGAGGCUCGCCGCGACGAGCUGCAAGCCCAGGCGUGCAAGUUGGCGCUUGUGGAGGGCUCGCCGGUCUACGAAACGCUGGCCAGCGUCCCGUCGGCAGGCGGCUCGUCCCGCGAGCAGGUGCCGACUAGGCUAGCCGAGCUCGGCAUGCUGGAGCUCAGCCUGCUGCCGCCCGGGAUUGCAAGACUGUCCGCCGAGCAGAAGGUAGAGCACUUUAAGAGUCUCUGCCACCGACAGGAAUUGGAAUUAGCCGAUAUUGUCAAGAAGAAAAAGGCUGGCCUCGAGGCAAGAGCUCUUCCCCAACCGCCCCAGCCCUCCACAUCCCGCCAGGCACAGUUGAUGCCGCCGCCUCUGUUGCCCUCCCGCCUCCCAGAUGCCACCAAUGCUGAGAUCCUCCGGGCUGUUGGAGAACAAGCCGUCCAACAUGGAGAACAGCUGAAGGCUGAGCCGAGAGAAGCCAACAAUGAGCUUCUCAGGAUACGAAUGGCCGAGCUGGAGCCGGGGCGUUCAAGACUGGAAGACGAAGAACUCGAGCGGGCAAGACAAAAGGCCAAAACGAUCGAGGUUGAAUUAGACGCAGCCCAGCAGCAAGAGAGGAAGAGGCAAAGAAAGAACUUGGCCAAGAAAGAGAGACGUCAGGCAAGAAAGCAACUGGAGAAGCAGGCUCUUCAAGUUGAGCCACAGCCAGCUGAGACGCGAAAGCCUGAGGAGGGGGAACCAUCAUCGUCCCAGCUUGCAUUGAUAUCGUCGCACUUGCAAGCGGAAGAGGAAAAUUUGUCAGAGGCCGUAACAAUCCUGGCGCUGUCCGAGCCUGAGCAGCAAGAUGGUGAGCAGGCGGUGGCCACACCGUCUGAGCUUGCCCAAACUCAAGAAGUCUCGCUUCCAGAGUCAGAAUCGAAGGAAGAUGGGGAGGGGGCGGCAGGGCCCCCUAAAAGAAACCUUACCGGAUGGGACCGCCGAAGGUUGAAAAAGAGGGAGAGAAAGGAUAGAGAGGCCGAGGAGAAACGACGGAGGGAGGAAGAGAAAGCCCGGCAACGCGAGGCGGCCAAGGCGAAAGCCGAAGCCAAAAUGGCCAAGCGACUUGCCGAGGACAAGAAACGCUGGGACGAAGAAAAGAGACAGAGGGAAGAGGAGGAACGUCUCCGGAUCGAGAGGGAGGCAGAGCAGUUGGCGCGAGCGACGGAAGAGUCGCUGCGUCAAGCCAAAGAGGACGAGACCCUUCGCAAGGCAGAAGAGGUUCGGAAGGUGAAGGAGCUGGCAAAGGCCCAGUCCGAGGUCAAACCCAAGACCCGGCGUGCCGAUGUCAAGUCUCUGGAAACCUGGAGAGCCAAGUCGGUUCCUGCAGAAUCCGCAGGACCGGCAACUUCUGUCUUGCCUGUCCCAUCGUCGUCGCCAUCGUCUGCCGGCCCUGUUCCCGCCCUGCCGCCCUCGCCCGUCCGAGCUCCGGUGCCUGUGGUCUCGCCCGCUCACCCUGCUGUUGCUGUGUCCCCGCGCGUGCUCGUGGCUCCGUCUCCGCGUUCGCCCGUGCUUUCGCCCGCUCGGAAGCCCCUGCUUCGGCUUGGGGACGUGACUCUUCCAGAGGAGGACUUCGCCAAGACAGGAGAGUCGUUGCUGUUUUCGUCGCACCGGCCUGUGAUAUCCAUACCACAGCGGACAACAACUCCUCUGGCGAUGAACGUCCCUUCGUCCCCUGUGGUGCAAGCAGCCGAAGCACGUACCCGUAUUGAUGGCAGCAGUGCUCACUCUCAGCUCCGAAGUUCUCCUCCCAGAGUGGCUCAGGAAAUCGUCGACGAUGCAGUUCACCGCAGUGUUGAGAGGGCGCGCCUUGUCCACACCCUUGCACUCAGUGGUUGGGAACGUGAUGUAGCUCGCCGGGAAGAGGCUGUCGGGCAGCGGGAAUAUGCGGUCUGGGAUCAGGAACAGGAGCUUUGGCGCGAACAAAAGAAGCUGAAGCAACAGCGGGAAGCAUUCCGUCAACAACAGAGAGCGCUCGAUCUCCGUGAGGUUGCCAUACGUGGCCGCGAAAAUAACCUUGACGCGCUGUUUCAUGCCCGGGAACUCCGUCUAGAGGCUCGUGAGGCCGAGGUGGUACGACGCGAAAAGGCAGCAAACGAGCGGGACACGGGGGUAUAUCACCGCAUCAGACAGGUUGGUUUGCGAGAAGAGGAGGUGUACCGGCGAGAGAUGGCUGUCUAUGAGCUGGAGCAGCAUGGCUCUUCAUCUUCACCGGAUAUCACUCCUUUGCCAGAGAGCAACUCCUCUUCACUGGAGAUCAACUCCUCGUCAUUGGAGAUCAGCUCUUCGCCCAUUCGUGGUAUCUUCACUUCUUCGGCCGACACCACAUGGUCCACAGAGCCGACUGAGAAUCAGACAAGUGUAGACAUGGAGGAUCCGGAAAGCAGAUAUAACUGCAGAUUUCACGGUAGUGGCCGUUCAAGGUCAAGUGAGCCUGUUGAACGGAGAAAUGAGGCAGUCCAUGGAAGUGGCAAUGUCCGUGAAGCACCUUCCUUCAGGAGACGAUGA